CUGAAGACGGAUCUCAGCUACUCGGGUCUAUCCUGUCUAACUUGCUUCUGGUCCUCGGCUGUUCAUUCUUCGCAGGUGGCCUUUUGAGGAAAGAGAGCAUAUUCCAAGCCACCGCCGCUCAAGCAGCGAGUUCUCUCAUGACUCUGGCUUGCAUCACUCUUGUCAUCCCAGCGGCCUAUCACAGCGCAAAGUCUCGUGGAGGUAUCGAUGACGGUGACGGUGACGGCUUACUUAGCACCCUGCAGAUCGUGGACGGUAGUGACCUUGACGAUGGGGCCAACUAUGGCCUGAAGAUUAUCUCUCGUGGCACCGCUAUUCUACUUUUGUUCGUUUACGUUGCUUAUCUCCGGUUCCAGCUAGGAACCCAUGCCGAGCUUUUCAAGCCGAUCAGGGCGACGGAUGAUCUCCACGAGGAGGUCGAGACUCCUCGCAUGAACGUUCCCGCGGCUGCUGUUGGUCUCCUCGGUGCAACUCUCAUUACGUCCUUUUGCGCCGACUACCUUGUGGCAUCAAUCGAGGAGACUGCUGAUCGCUACGGCAUUCCGAAGGCAUUCAUUGGUCUCAUUCUUCUGCCCAUUGUGGCCAACGCCGCGGAACACGUUACCUCUAUUUGGAUGGCGAUGAAGGAUAAAAUGGAGCUUACUAUUGGCAUCUGUGUUGGCAGUUCAAUUCAAAUUGCCGCCUUCGUUAUACCUCUUUUGGUCAUUGUCGGCUGGAUCACCCACCACGACCUCACUUUAUUCUUCGCAGACUUCGAGACGAUCGUUCUCUUCGUCUCUGUGCUGCUCGUCAACUUCCUCAUCCAAGAUGGUAAAUCGAACUACAUGGAGGGCUUGAUGCUCAUCACGCUCUACUGUGUCAUCGCCCUUGCUUUCUGGGUCUCGUAGGCCUUGGAUGAGGGUUCGUUGAGGCUGCGCAAGACGUCUGUCCUGCGCCAUACAAGCCAAAGAAACGCAGGGGUAACGUCUCUGAACAGCCUGUUCGAUCCUUCUGCCCCUUUAGCGUAUGCCUUCCUCUAUACUCCUUCGAUACUUUCUUUAACGCGAUACCCUCGACUAUCCUCCGUGUUGUGCUACCCGCUAUCUUGUAUCCGCCUAUGUGUGCUGUCACGCAGUUGUCUCUGUAAUUAUGGCUUCUUCGUACGACUACGUUCGUUCGUAGUUGCAAUGUUCCGCGCUAGAUGCGAUUGGGCCUGCUAGUAGACUGUGGUAAUGCCUACUAAUACGCUGUGGUAGACAAUAACGCAAUACUAGCCUUGUCCUCUCUCGUGCGGCCUCUCAGUCUUCUUCAAAGUCGUCGUCCUCAAACUCAUCGUAUGGGUUGCUGGCAACUUGUCUCGCCGCCGGUGCAGCUGCCACGACAUCGUUCGGAUCCGCGUCGUCAUCCCAGUCUCCCAGCGCCGCAGGAACCUGUCCAGUCGGCUGCACAGGUGCCGGGGCAGAUCGCGGGGGUCUGGACUGCAAGCGGAGGAGUUGCUCGUCGAUAGCGCUGCCCGACGCCAGAGCACGCCAGAUAAAGGCGACUAGCCGGCACUCGUUGCCGCCGCACCACUGCCCCGCCGCGUGCUGGACGCCGCUUUCGGACGGCUCGAGCUUGACGUCGAGGUCGUCCGCCAUUUGUGUGAUGGACAAGUCCUGUCGCGGCAUGCGCCGCAUCGUCGCGUACAGCCGUGUGACGUCGACCACGUACACGGCGUGCUUGUUGCCUCUGGGCGGGGAGCGUGGGCGCGACGCGUGCGUGCCACGCUUGGGGGACCUCGAUCGGUCGGACCUCUUCCGGUCCUCGUCACCAUAACGGUCGUCGAAGCGUCCGCGUCCGCUCUCUGGCUUGACGGGGUCGUCCUUCGGGAGCCUGUCGCCGAUCUCGAGCGCGUCCUUGCCGAUGACAGGCUCGAAGGCGGUCGUCCAGUCCGAGGCGUCGACGCCAUAGAAGCGCAGGACGUCCACCGCCUCGUCGCCGUCCUGCACGAAGAGCAAGAUCGGCGCGUUGAGGUUGCGCGUGAACUUUUGUGAGAGCUUCUCCUGCAGCUCCUCCCGCGUGACGGAUUGAGCGUCGCCGUACAUAUACGUCUGAAUGCAAAAUAAGUAUUG